GGCAUAAACCAAACUCUCUGGCUCCUAGCACGAGAGAGAGAGCUAGCGGAGGCAAGGAUAAGAGGUGAAGAAAGGGGACAACAUUUGGGUCCCGGUGCUAGUGGAGAAGAAGUCGAAGAAGUGGAAGUUGAACCCGUCGUUGGAGUAGAAAUGGAGGGGAACCAAAGAGAACCAGGAGCCUCCCAAGCUCGUAAUCUAAACGAUGCGGCAACGGAAGAGGAAGCCCCAAGGAAUGGGAUACUAUAUGGCCCCACGGCUGGCGUACAUUCAAUCAUCAAUCCUACACCCUCCCGUGGCGGCUUACAAUUUCGAGAUCAAGCCGGCUAUAGUGACUAUGAUACAUAACAAUGCUUUGUUCCACGGUCUUCAGAGCGAGUCACCAAGAGAGCACAUGCAAAGAUUCUUAGAGCUCACGGGGAGCUUGAAUAUCAAUGGCAUGCCGGCUGAAGCUUUGCAACUGAGGCUUUUCCUCUAUUCACUUGCGGGGAAAGCACUCCGGAGGCUAAACAACCGCCCGCCUCGUUCAAUAACCUCAUGGGACGAUCUUCUCAACAAAUUCAUGUCCCUCUACUGCCCGCCCUCAAAGACGGCGUAGUGGAGAAAGAAGAUUACCCAUUUCGAGCAAGAAUAAGUCGAGACCUUGAGG